UAAUGCUUCUAAUAACAAAUUCACCACUUGUCUGACGCGACAACAUCCAUACCAUUUAUUUAAAUAUUAGUUAUUUAAUAUCUGAUGAACUGUUUAAAAGUUAUUUCAGUGAUAAAGUCUGAAUAUAUCUGUAACAGAUAUUAAAAAAAGAAUGGCAAUAUGUAUCAUUGUAAUUGGAUUGUUUCAUGUUUAUUUCCAACUAUGCUCUGCUGCCUCCAAUAAUAUAAGACUGGUUGGUGGCUCAAGCAAGUGCAGUGGACGUGUCGAGAUAUUACUCAACCAGACCUGGGGGACAGUCUGUGACGAUGGGUUUACAGACACAAAUGCCGUCGUUGUGUGCAGGAUGCUGAACCUCCCUACAGCUGGAGCUAAAGCUAUUCGAAAUCUCACAGGUUACCCAACUGCGCCAGCCCAGAUCUGGCUGGAUGAGGUUAUGUGUACGGGAAGUGAGCAGAGCAUCGCUGAUUGUACCAAUGGCAUACCAACGAACUUAAUUGACUGUUUCCAUAACGAAGACGUGGGUGUUGUCUGCUCCUCUAAUUCAGCUGCCACUGAUAUUAGACUGGUUGGUGACUCGAGCAAGUACAGUGGACGUGUUGAAAUUCUACACAACAACACCUGGGGGACAGUCUGUGUCGAUAAGUUUUCCGACAAAAAUGCCGUCGUUGUGUGCAGGAUGCUGAACCUCCCGACAGCUAGCGCUCGAGCUAUCACAAAUCUCAUUGGCUACCCAAAUCCACCAUCCAUGAUCUGGCUUGACGAUGUUAAUUGUACGGGAUGUGAGCAGAGCAUCGCUGAUUGCACUCAUAGCAUGCCAUGGGGCUCCAACAAUUGUGCACAUAAAGAGGAUGUGGGUGUCGUCUGCUCCCCUACUUCCGCCAUUGAUAUUAGACUGGUUGGUGGCCCAAGCAAGUACAGUGGACGUGUAGAAAUUCUACUCAAUGAGAAGUGGGGUACAGUCUGCGACGAUAGGUUUUCCGACACAAAUGCCGCCGUUGUUUGCAGGAUGCUUAACUUCACUACAGCUCUCGCUCAGUUUUUUAUAAGUCCGAAAAGCUACCCAACUGCGCCAGUCAAGAUAUGGCUUGACGAAGUUGUUUGUACGGGAUCUGAGCAAAGCAUCGCUGAUUGUAAACAUGCUAAACCAUGGGGAUUCACUGACUGUAAACAUGACGAGGAUGUGAGUGUCGACUGCUCCACUAGUGUUUCCUUGACUAAUGGCUCAUCUCCGUACUCUGGAAUUGUUUCUGGACACAUCAGAACCUUUUGUGACCUUGGGUUCAGCAAAGAGGCAGCUAACGUGACCUGCACUAGUCUUGGAUUCGGUGAAUAUAUCAGACCUUACCAUGUGCAACUAUUACAUAAUGGAAUGACGCCAAUGCUGAAGAAGAACAUAACAUGUAUUGGGACAGAAAAGUCUCUGGAGUUUUGUGACAUUUCCGAAACUGAGUUAGAAGAUUGUCAACUAGACAAUGCUGUUGGCAUUGAAUGCAAAGCUGGGCCUAUACGAUUGGUUCCAUUCGAAGGAGUUGCAUACGAAGGACAAUUCCAGUUUUUCGAUGGCAAUGAGUGGAAGAGCAUUACAAAUCGUACAUCAAACGUGACGGCGAAAAAGAUUUGCGAACUUCUUGGAUUUGGGUAUGUAGGAUCAUUUUUUGGGCAAGGGUACCUGCUCCGAGGUACAGACUAUUUUUCACUGGACUGUAACGGAAACGAGACAGAUCUCGCACAGUGUAAGUGGACGACGGGAAAUUACGACAGAGAAUAUGGAACACUGUGCCUUUCCUGUUCGGACUAUGAUAUAACGGAUGUCCGACUUGAUGGUAUGUCUGAUGACGUCGGGUUAAUGGAAGUCUCUGUUCACAACGAUUGGUGGACAGUUUGUAAGGUGGGCUUUACCAAUCACACUGCGGAUCUUAUAUGUCGACAUCUUGGAUUCAGGAAUGCCAAACGGUAUACGUAUACUCUGGACUCGAGUCAAGUGAACAAUGAUAGUAACAUCGGGUCAUUGAUUUGCAACCAAAACGACAACUUGAUAACAGAUUGUGAAAUUAUCCCUAUGGCAUAUUAUUAUUAUGGACUGGGAGAAUUUGAUAAAUAUGAUGGCAACAGGGUCAUAAUUGUUUGUUCGAAAGACUAUGAUAUAACGGAUGUCCGACUUGUUGAUAUGUCUGAUGACGUCGGGUUAAUGGAAGUCUCUGUUCACAACGAUUGGUGGACAGUUUGUAAGGUGGGCUUUACCAAUCACACUGCGGAUCUUAUAUGUCAACGUCUUGGAUUCAGGUAAAUCGUUGAACCAACCUCGUUGUGA